UAUAUUUCGGGAGCUUGGCGAAUUUUUCCUUUCUCUCUCCCACUAAUCAAACCAAAUGCUGUGGCACUUCCCUCCGACCCCAAAGCAGCUGUGCGCCACCGCCGGCUUCUUCAUCGCCGGCGUCUCCCUCAUCGCCGUCGGGGCCCACCUCUCCUACGUCCACGUGGCACCUCAGCAGGCCCGUGCACAAGCCCGGAGGGAAUUCCUCCGCGAAUACUUUCGCAAAAAAUUCGGCGAGUAGUUCCCCCACAUAAACCCUAAAAGAGGUUCUACGCUAUUUAAACCGGGGGAAGGUAGUGCGGGAGAUGGAAUUGCUUGGUUUCUCUAUAUAAGGCCUUCUGUUGUUGUAAAUGAAGGUUAAAAGAAUAAGAGUUACACAGUUUGGUUAGUUGGUUGGGGUUAAAGGUGCAGGCUUUCUUGGUAAGAAAAAGUAAAAUCCAACAGAGGAUCAAGUAUCUUACGUGCAGCAUCCACACCAGAUCUCAUCAAGCCGAUAAGAAAAGCGGCCGAAAGUACCGAAGAAAGCAGCUGACAGUGGAGUUACAAGGAGCCGACAUGCAUCAAUAAACCAAACAAACACACUGUCCUUUUCCCCUCGAUUUCGUCAACAGGGCACCAAGAACCUCCCACUAUAAACACGGAAGCAAGAUUUGGUUUCUUCAUGGAGAUUUGGUUUGUUCAUGGAGAGGGAGAUGACCAUGGCCAUGACACCAAGGGUAACCUUAGAGAGAACCUACAUCAAUAAGCCUUCAAAUAUAAGCUCAAUUCUUGUCUCUACGGCCGGACGGGCAUCAAGA